CCAUUGACUGAAGCUCUUAAUUGUACAAGCACGUGGUAUUUUCAACGCAAGCGAAAAUGAAGCAAUUCAAACGUAAUUUCAUGCAAAAAGACUACAAACUGGAAAAAAUCAAGAAGAGGGAAGCAGAACAGAAAGAAUUAGAACAACUUGUUCAACAAUACGAUACUGUGGACAGUUCUGAGAUAAACACUUUUGAUGAUAUACCGUUAACAGAAAAUACAAGAAAAGGCCUUUCAGAAGCAGGUUACACUGUCCCGACUAAAAUACAAAAAGAAAGUAUCAUUGUUGCGCUGAGGGGCCUGGAUGUGCUUGGAGCCUCAAAGACUGGGAGCGGCAAGACACUUGCCUUCCUUUUACCUGUGCUUGAAAUCCUUUAUAGGAAACAGUGGACUAAAUUUGAUGGAAUCGGUGCAAUUAUAAUGACACCAACAAGGGAACUAGCAUUGCAGAUUUAUCAGACUUUGGUCAAAGUUGGUAAACACCACAACUUCUCGGCCGGCCUUAUCAUUGGUGGUAAGGAUCUGUCUUUCGAAAAAGAAAGGAUGCAUAUAAUCAAUAUUAUAAUUUGCACGCCUGGAAGGCUUUUACAACACAUGGACAUCAAUCCUCUGUUUGACUGUACAAAUUUACAGAUUUUAGUACUCGAUGAAGCUGAUAGAUGUUUAGAUAUGGGCUUUGAAAAAGAAAUGAAUGCGAUUAUUGAAAAUUUUCCGAAAGAGCGUCUCACUCUUUUGUUUUCUGCAACACAAACAAAAAAGGUGAAAGAUUUAGCAAGGCUAAGUCUCGUCAAUCCAACAUACAUUUCAGUACAUGAGCAUGAAAAAUACAAAACACCAGAGGGUCUAACUCAGAGUUACAUUAUCUGUGAGCAGCAUGAAAAAAUAUCAGUCCUUUGGUCAUUUAUAAAAGCACACCCGAAGCAUAAAAUCAUGAUAUUUUUUUCCACAUGCAAUCAGGUUAAAUUCAUAUUUGACAUAAUGUGCCAUCUGAGACCAUACAACACUCUGUUCGCUCUUACGGGGAAAUUGAAACAGAAUAAAAGAAUGGAAGUCUAUCAGUCGUUUUCGAGGAAACAACACGCCGUUCUUUUUGCAACCGACUUGGCUUCAAGAGGCUUAGAUUUUCCAGAAGUUCAUUGGGUCAUACAUGCAGAUUGUCCUGAAGAUGUAGAAACAUAUAUUCAUAGAUCAGGAAGGACGGCUAGGAUUUUUAAAGGAGGUGAAUCCUUACUGCUUCUCAACCCUUCAGAAAAAGCUUUUGUUAACAAAUUGGAAGAAAACAGGAUUCCGAUUAACGAAAUUAAGGUGAAUCCUCAGCAAAUGGUCUCGCCCCAAGCAAAAAUGGAAGCGUUUCUUGCAAAGGAUCCAGAGCUUAAAGUCUCAGCUCAAAGAGCAUUUGUGGCUUACACAAAGUCUGUCUAUUUGAUGAAAGACAAGUCUGUUUUUAACAUAAAAGAAAUAGACACUCAUAAAUUUGCUAGGUCUUUGGGUCUUAUUAUAUCUCCAAGAAUACGGUUUAUUGAGAAAGCGGAAAAGAACAAAACACAAUCACACGAAGGAAACGCACAGAGUGAAGCGAACCCUCUCAGAUCAGAAGAGCCUUCUGAUUAUAAAUUUUUCUCUGAUAGCGAUGAUGAUAGUGACAAGGGAAAUGACGUUUUGACCAUGAAACGUAGAAACCACGAUAUAGUUGGUUUCGACAAAUUUGAGUCAGAAGAAGCAUCGGUGUCAGAACAAUUGAAAAAGAACAAAAACAAAGCCUUGACCAAAGUAAAACAAGCUAAAAGGAUGUUAAAGAAGAAAAUUAAACCUAAUAAAAAAAUUGUUUUCUCAGAAGAAGGAGAGGCUUUAAUUGAUCAAGCCAAAGAGAAAGUGACAGAAGCCGGCAAAAUGUACGAUAUAUCAGGCGAAGGCUUGGAUAUAGAAGAAGCCAGGAAAGUGUUACGAGAGGAAGACAAAUGGGACAGGAAGUUGUUCAGAGAGAAGCUGAUAGCCAGGAGACAGGCCAGGAAGGAGAAGUUAAAAGCGAAAAAUAAGAAAACAGACGAAGGCACAGAAGAAAAGGCUCAUCUUGAUGUGUCAGAAGAUGAAGAUUCCGAGCCGGACCUUUCCUGGCUCCCGGAUCCUGAUAAGGUCUAUACAGAAAAGAACAGCGACAAUGAAGAAAAUAAGAACGAGCCCAGAGGACAGAAGCGGAAAUUGCCUUCUGAUGAAGAGAACGAAGGAAAUGAAGAUCAUGACGAUGAACCCAUUGACAAAGAAAAUGACUUGUCGAUAAAAGAAAAAGAAGAAUUAGCCCUUAAAUUUUUAGAAUCUAAAAUGUAGAUUACAGAUUAAUUUUAUUUUUAAAAUCAGAAAAUGUCAUUUUUCAACAUUUUUAUCUUUUAAAUAUAAAAUGAACAUAAUUGAGGGUUGAUACUCUACAUUCUGCCAUAGACACUCCCACAUCAUAUGCUAAUAAUUACUUUCACUCAACUCAAACUAGGUACACACAACUAUUAUUACUAUACAUAAUACAAUAGAACAUCCCUGUUAAUUCCAAGAAUCGGAACAUGGGACCCAAAUACUCACUGUUGUGCUCAAGCACAAUUCUCAGAUAGGGUGGCAUUCCUGUACACUCUACGGAGCCAAAGAACUAUCUGCACCCUUCAGUUAGGUGGGGCACAUUACGUCCCUUACCAAUCUGGGAAACAACUGCAAUAAUUAAGCAGUAGGUCGAAGGGUGUCACAGCAGAGAGGAAUGAUGUGAAAUUUCUCACAAAUCAGGGAAACCUGGCCCUGCAAUAGUUGCCGAGUUGGCAAGAUAAGAAAAUUGAGGGGUGUCGCAGUCCUAGACGGAAGCCACAGUAUGUUUCCCAUGAGCCUGGAAAGCAAAGUUCCAAUAGUUGAACAACUGAAAAUAAAUAACUAACAUU